AUUACGAAAAGGUAUAAAAAAGAGUCGGGUUCGAGGGAUGGUGGAGUAUUUGACUUCAUCUUUCUUCUUUCGAGAACCGUAUUGUUAAUUCAAUCUGCCUCGAGCUCAACGCCAAUUGAUACUUCUAUUCCAACAAAAGCAUAA